AUGAGAGAAAAAGAAGCGAUCCAAUUAAAAUUUUCUCGACUCGACCCGCCGGUGCACAUUUUUGAGACUACUCCAUCAACAAGUGAAUCGAACGGAGACGCCCAAAUUUUGUUGAAGGCCGUAGAAAGAUUUCUUGCGCUGUGUAAAAAGGGUCUUCACCAGGAUUCGAUGAUCCGAUUGAAUCAACUGAGCUAUGUCCGAGCUAACUCCUUCCGACAUUUUCAUAUGUGGCGACAAAUAAAAGCAUUUUAUGCUGUUUUGAAGAAGAUUUUACCAAAAGAGAUAAAAGAUUGGAUGACAAAUGUACAUCGAAAGUUGUCUCACGCCACCAAUUUUCCGCUCACAUCAGAGGCUAUUGAAUAUCUACAGACAGCAGUUUAUGAACAGUUAUCAAGACUUGAGACGGCUCGUCGUCGAGGAAUUAGUGCAACAAACGGGUGUUUAGACUAUUUGGAUGUUGGACAUUGGCUGAGUCAAUCUAUGGUUUUUAUUGGAAUCAUUGCCGACAUUGUUACGAGUAUUAGAGGUGUUUCUAUCGAACUUUUGGACAUAUACGCAUUCCUCAGUUCACACUCGCGAUCAAAUAAGAGCCUAGCAAAAUUGCACGAGUUAAAGGAUCAUUUUGUGCUUCUCUUCGAAGAAGUUAACGUGACGAAACCCUCUCCCCUUCUAAAGGGAUUAAUGCAUAUCUCUCGAGAGGAGGUCAACAAAUCAACAAUAAAAGCGGAAGUAAAACAAAUCAAGGUUAGGCAAAUGGAUGUUGUUGAUGUUGGUGUAGCAAUUAGUCGCGAGGAGUUUCAGAUGACAAAGGAAGAGGAUUUAGCAGUGAAAAAAUCUGCCAAUGAUAAAACUCUGUUAAAGAAGAAAAAGGUUAAACGAAAAUCAUCGAUUAGUCUACUCAGCGAAGAAAAUACACCCCAAAAAAAGAAAAAGAAGCUAAAGAAGAAAAAACGAAUGACGAUGGAUGAGACUUCUCUUAGCAACGAACUUAACACAGAAGGAAUCGAUUGCAGCACCCAUGAAUUGUCAGAAAGUAUGAUUGAACAAACAAAUCUUUCUAAAAAGAUAAAACGGAGAAAAGUAGCAAAUGGUUUGAGGGAGAAGAACGAAGUUGAUGUACCAAAAGUUAAAAAGGAGAAGUUGAAACAAAUGACAAGUAAUUCAAAUUCUAUGACUCCGCUCCGUCGAAAGAAGAAAAAGAAAUCAUUAAAUCAAGUUGUUACUAGCGUU